UCAUUAUCCUUUCAUAAAUGUAAACUUUUAACGUUAUUUUCGAAAUGAACGAUGAAAAUGUUAGUCCUAAUAAUCAUAAAUCUACUCCUCCUCCGACAAACAGAAAAGUGCGUAAUCCGUUUGAUAUCGCGUUAAUUGAGAGGCUGCACAAACCAAUAUGCAGUCCAGGCAUGUGCAGGAUAUAUAAGAAUAAAAACAAUGGAUCUUUUCGUUGGGAUAUUGAUCAAGCUUGUGCUUUGGUUCCUGCAGACAUCGUGGCUUGUAAUAGUCAGUUCGAGCCGUCCCCUGAUCCUGCAUUGGAGAAAAUCGCAGAAGAGGCAACUGAGAAAUUUUUCUCUCAGGAGAUGGUCAUGCCUAGUCCACUUGAAUCUUCUAAAAAAGUGAAACCCUUUCUUGAAAUAUCAAAUGAUACCACUGUCAGUAUAACAAGUUUUAUCAAAGACCAAUCAGUUGUCAUGAAGGAUGUUUCAGCACAAACAGUUCUUACAUUGCCACCAGAGCUGCCUCCAGAGAUAGAGAAAAUAUUAGAACCAUUCUGUACUUUUACACAGGAUCAGAAUAUAUCUGGUGAUUAUGAAAUCACAGCUAAUGGGUCUCUACGUCGGAAGUUGUUCUUCGAGGAACACAGUGACAUGGAUCAUUAUGAUUCAGAACAAACUGAUGAUGAGAUUCAUAUUGAACGACGCCCACCAUCGAGCUACGAAGCACAUACACCAGUUGUAUUCAGUCCUGAUUUGAGUCGAGAUUUAGUGACAAAAGGCAUGAAACGUACUUUCGGUACGCCGCUAAAGAAAGGACCUUCACUAAGUGGUAAACCUUGUUAUCGUAAUAAAAUACUGGAUGUUGUGGAUUUCGGUGAACCAUGUUUUAGCCCGAUACAGUUUAAAACGCCAAAACGCACGGAUCAGGAGUCUGCUACGUCGUCUUCCCUCGCCUCUGCAUCGAUAUCACCAGUGAACAAAGUCGUUUCGAGUGAUGAAGAGAAAAAUAAUUUUACAUCUCCUGAAUCGGAUGCAAUGGCAACAUGUCUCGACUGCAUAGUAUCAGAUUCCGAAAGCGAUAAAAAGAGACAGUGUGUGUGCAGAACACCAAAUAAGUUGCUUGUGAAGCGGAGUAAAUCACUCAAAGAGUCUCCACCGAGGAGCAGGAAAGGUUCCAUCUCAUUCUCAGAGAGACGCAGCCUCAGCUUGUCCAGUCUGCAUAGAAGCAAAUCUGUGCAAAAACUAGAUUUUAGCAUGGACAUGAGUAUGGAUGGUUCAAUUCAUGAUCGUUCUCAAGAUGAGUCUUCAGAAGCUAAUUGUUAUCAAGAGUGUCAGGCAACAUGGUCUCUUGUUGAAGAAACAAGUAUACAACAAUUAGUCAAAAUUGAAUCCUUACAGAAUCUUUCUAAAAUACAAUCAUCUGUAAAACUACAGCCAGUGAACGUAUUAGAUAGCACACCUAUCAAAGGAAAGAGUAAACGUAGUGUGUCAUCUCACGAAAUUAGUAAAAUACGCGGACCUACCUUUUUGAGCCCUGUGCGCAUGUCGUUAGAUAAUAGUUUAGAUAAUUGUGAUAAUCCUCUCAGUAUGGAGGACAAAAAGAUAGACUUUAAUAAAGUUGAUCUCAAUUUUUUGACUGACAAUGUAUCUCAAUAUGAUUAUAGUGCCAAUAAUACAAAACCGAGUGUUGAUAACUCAGUUAGUUUUAAGAGAUUAGAUAGUGGCUUUAAUGAGAAUACGUUCUAUGUAAAUGCCUCUAGCUAUUAUGAAAGUGCCAUAAAACCUUCUGAAUUGACUGUGACAAAUAUGUCUAAAGUCAAUAAUAGUAAGACUGCUUUGAAAGAGAUAUCUAAUAUACCAUGGAUGAGGGUGGAUAGUGGGUUUAAUGAUGAGAAUUCGUCAAGUAGCGUGCAGUUUUAUUCAAACGAUUCCGUCAAAAUGAAUACAAAUUUGCGUUUGCCUGAUUCUAAAGUGGAAGAAAAAGAGAAUUCUGGAACUGAUGAUGUUGAAUUCCUAGUGCAAGGGCCUAGUAAAAAUCAUGCUAUGUCUAUGUCUGAUAUUUUUAAUGAGGACAUGACUUUUAAUUGUAACUUUUCUUCAACUCCUUCUAAGAGUAAAUCACGCAAAGUACACUUGUAAAGGUGACGAAUUUUAUAAAGUAGUAUGAAUUUUAUAUAAUGUUUUUGACGUUAUUCCAUUAUUGUGGAUUAUUUUAUAGAAUUAUGUUACGACUGUUUUGUGAAUGGAGAUAAUUUUGCAUGAAAUAAUUAUUGUGAUUUUUUGAGACAUGUUUGUUUACUUGAGUCAAGUAAUAUUGAAUAAAAUUUCAAGACUGAAAUAUGUACUGUAGAUGCUUAUUCACGUCCUCCUUGGUAAAAUAAUAUUUAACAUUGAAGACGAUAUAUUUAUUAUCACUUAAUAAAAACAAAUUAUUAAACUAAAUUGCUAUCAUCCUUUCAACUAUUUCUUUGUAUUCAUGUUAGUCACCAUAUUUGUGACCUUUUAUAAUUCUAAUCUUAGCUUGGUCACCAAAGCGUCAAAUUUUUCGAUUAUUAUUAUGAUUUUUAUUUUAUGUAAUGUUUGUAUUUUUAGUGAAUUCGCAGCGUGCAAAAAAUUCUUAAUCUUUAUAUUCUGCUGUGAUACUUUUCAAUCGUGGUGGUAUUUAAAGACACGACGUAACAAGCGUUAAACUAAUAUUGACAAGUUCAAGCACUCUUCUAAAAAUAUCAAUAUGAAACUUUGUAAAUGAUAAGUGACGUGUAGAAUUAGAGUAAUUACAUUGUUCUAGACAUCAAUUAAAAUAAAACCCUUUAACUAACAUUAAUAUACAGCUCUUCUAUUUGACCUCAAUUCAAAAGGCAGGGGCACGAUGACUAUUGUGACCACUUUAUCAUAAGUUUGUGAGGAGAGUAUAUAAUAAUGUCUAUGAAUACAUAUACUUUUAUUGAUUUUAUUUCAUAAUUGAAUUUUUA